GGGGAACACAUGGAACCUGCAGGUGUUGCCACGGACGACCCACAAGGAACAACUGAAGGAGCAGGCACAGAGGAUGCAGAAAACAGGGAUGUUGAUGAAGAGAGUGACGGACUUAGUGAUGGCACAGACGAGGAAGAAGGGGAUGGGAUACAAGACAUAUCACAACUUGGAGCAGGUGCUGUAGCGGUCAAAUUCCAGACUGUUCAUCAACAGUCAUAUCAGCUUGUAGGUAAAGAUACCAAGUCACUAGUACAACACAUUGUGAGAUGUUGUCAGCCACCACAGGGAGAAAUAGCAUCAGCACCACAGCAACAACAGCAGCUGCAACCAGCUGUUGAUGGUGAUGAAAGAACAGAUCAGGCACACCUGUCCUCAAGUACAACUAGUGUAGGUCCUGGAACAACAAGUCUACAGGACCCGGAAACAGCAGCCCUGACACCAGCAUCCACAAGUACCGCUUGUGUAGGUCCUGGAACAACAAGUCUACAGGACCCGGAAACAGCAGCCCUGACACCAGCAUCCACAAGUACCGCUUGUGUAGUUCCUGGAACAACAAGUCUACAGGACCCAGAAACCGCAGCCCUGACACCAGCAUCCACAAGUACAACUAGUGUAGUUCCUGGAACAACAAGUCUACAGGACCCGGAAACAGCAGCCCUGACACCAGCAUCCACAAGUACCGCUUGUGUAGGUCCUAGAACAACAAGUCUACAGGACCCGGAAACAGCAGCCCUGACACCAGCAUCCACAAGUACCGCUUGUUUAGGUCCUGGAACAAGAAGUCUACACGUCCCGGGAACAUCAGCCCUGACACCAGCAUCCACAAGUACAACUAGUGUAGGUCCUGGAACAACAAGUCUACAGGACCCAGAAACCGCAGCCCUGACACCAGCAUCCACAAGUACAACUAGUGUAGUUCCUGGAACAACAAGUCUACAGGUUCUGGGAACAUCAGCCCUGACAUCAGCAUCCACAAGUACAACUACUGUAGGUCCUGAAACAACAAGUCUACAGGUCCCGGGGACAACAGCCCUGACACCAGCAUCCACAAGUAUAGCAACACUAUGCAGCUUUGUUAAAGUGGAGCAACAUUUUAGAGAUGUGACCAUAGAAGUGUGUUUGACCUCAGCAUAAAUCUUUUGAAGCUCAUUUCAGUUUUAUCUAAGCCAUUUAUACUUGGCAAUCGCCGUUUA